AGCUAUAAAAGUUAGUGAGUAAGAGUCCUUCCAACAGAACGAGGACCAGGAGCUACUACUACUACUACUACUACUACUACUACUACUACUACUACAGAUAACUGUUCAGGUUCAGUCUGGUGUUCAGCAGUCAGAAUGAUGACUCCCGCUCUCCUCUCUGUGGCCUUGCUGCUGUUGCUUCUUCCUGGGGUUCCAUCUGCAGAUCCCACUCUAUAUCCCAUCAGUGUCCUGGUGAAAAACUCUGUAAACCAAAGUCCCAAUAAGACCUACAGCACUUCUGUGGUUUACAGAGGAAUCUUGCUGGGUGGACUGACGAGACUGCAGAAGUCAAACAAAGGCUUUAGGUUCACCUACACACAGGAUCCAAACUAUGGCCCGUUCCUACAGAGUGUGAACGGUUUGGCUGGAAGUCAACAAAAACGCACCUACUGGGAGCUGCUGGUCAAGCCUGCAAACAACGUGACAUUCCGUCCUGAUGUCGGUAUUGGAUGUUACAUCCCAAAUCCGAAUGACUUAAUCAUCCUGAACUAUGCCAAGUACUAAAGGAUGAGCAGCCGCUGGAAAUCUCCAUGGGAUCAAAGCCAGAUUCAACUGUAUGAUUAUGUAUUUCACAUAUUAUGAUUCAACAAAAAUGAAUUUGUGUUUCUUAUUUAGCGAGAAAUAAAGGGGUGAUAAAUGGCUGCUAAUGUAAACAGUGUGCUAAAUGCAGUAAGAAAACUGACUGUUUAUAGUACUGACCAGCAAAGAGCUGACUUUAUUUUCCCAUGGGAAUCCCUACCUUCACCUUAAAUUGUUCUGCUUGUUAACCAGAUACUUUCUCAUUCCUUCUUUAAUAACAUACUACUGUAAUACACCUGCUUUGUGUGAAUCUUUAUGAAUCAAGACUAAAGUUAGGGAGGUUAUGGAGGAAUUAAGUAAACAUUUUCACUUCUAUUUCAAAAUGUUUGUGUAAUGGCAGCCAUAACAUUAAUGAGCAGGUGCUGAGGAGGAGAAGAAUGAAGAGAAAGAGAGACAAAUUGGCUAUUUUGGCCUUUUGUGGGGUUAUGGCUGCAAAUUCACUACAGGGGUCUGUCUGACCGGACGACCGAUUUGCAGCAGUCUGAACGUAGCCUAGACUGCUGAAACACAUUGGAUAUCAUAUUCAAAACGCAAACAUAAUGUCAGCUGUUUAUCCAUAAUGUUAAUUAACCUUUGAACCCCCUUAAAAGUCAAACAUGGAAGAAUAUUUAUUAUUCAGAUGAUAUUAUAACUCAACAUUAAACACAGAUGCAUGUUGUUUGUUUGUUCACUUAUGAAAAUACAUUGUCAAACAACA